AUGAGUGCCUCCUGCGUCCCCAUCCUUCUUCUCCAAGCCUGCUGGGCGCUACUCCAGCCGCGCGCCGCUACCGUGGCCGCCUUGCCUCUGUGGACGCGGGGCCAACCCUCCUCACCGUCCCCUCUGGCGUACAUGCUGAGCCUCUACCGAGACCCGCUGCCUCGGGCGGACAUCAUCCGCAGCCUCCAGGCGCAAGAUGUGGAAGUGACUGGGCAGAAUUGGACCUUCGCUUUUGACUUCUCCUUUCUGAGCCAAGAAGAGGAUCUGACAUGGGCAGAGCUCCGGCUGCAGCUGUCCAGCCCUGUGAUCCUCCCCACUGAGGGUCCACUCACUAUUGAAAUUUUCCACCAGGCAAAACUGGACACAGAACAGGACCCGACUGACUGCCUGGAGCGUGUUCCGAUGGAAAGGUUCACUAUCACUCCGUCCCAGGUCACUUUUUCCUCAGGCAGCACAGUCCUGGAGGUGACCAGGCCACUGUCCAAGUGGCUAAAGAAUCCCAGGGCCCUGGAGAAGCAGGUGUCCAGCCUGGCAGCACAGUGUAGGCAUCAGUCCCAUACCCCACCUGUCACUGUCGCCAGCACCAAUGUGCUCAUGCUCUACUCCAAUCGUCCUCAGGAGCAGAGGCAGCUGGGUGGCGCCACUUUGCUCUGGGAAGCUGAGAACUCCUGGCGGGCCCAGGAGGGACAGCUGUCUGGAGAGAGGGGUCGAUGGGGCAGAAGGCACCGGAGACAUCACUUGCCAGACAGAAGCCAACUGUGUAGGAGGGUCAAGUUCCAGGUGGACUUCAACCUGAUUGGCUGGGGCUCCUGGAUCAUCUACCCCAAGCAGUACAACGCAUAUCGCUGUGAGGGCGAGUGUCCUAACCCUGUGGGGGAGGAGUUUCACCCUACCAACCACGCCUAUAUCCAGAGCCUGCUGAAACGCUACCAGCCCCACCGGGUCCCUUCCACAUGCUGUGCCCCCGUGAAGACCAAGCCACUGAGCAUGCUGUAUGUGGACAAUGGCAGGGUGCUCCUGGAACACCACAAGGAUAUGAUUGUGGAGGAGUGUGGGUGCCUCUGA